AUGUUGUCACUCUUGUGCGCACUGUUAUGCGUUAGUGCGCGUGUCAGCGGUCAACUCAGCGGCCGGGAGGACGAUGGAAAGCGAUACAUCUGCCGGGCUGUACCCCUCAGCGGCGAUUCAAGUUGCCCUGUGACUUUGUUACCAGAGCUGAAUGCCGGGAGCCAGGAAGAGGAGCUCAGGAAUACCGUCAUGCAGCUACGAGAGACAAUUUUACAGCAGAAAGAAACAAUUUCCAAACAGAUAGGCACCAUCAAUGAGCUAACCACCAAGCUGUCCCUCUGCGCCUCAGCCACCGACGAUAGGAAGUACGGCAAAGAGGGUUCCUGGGGCAAAGAAAAGCAAAAUACAAUGGGGGAUGUUCCCAGAGAUCCAAAUGACACAAUAGACAGUCUUGGAAAAACCAUGCAAGGGCUCAAGGACCGACUGGAGAAUUUGGAGCAACAGCAUCUGCGAGCCAACAUAUCCGGCGCCUCGUUCCCCAGUGAGCUGCGCGACCUGCUGCAGCGCCGGCUCAGGGAGCUGCAGAAGCAGCUCUUGAAGAAAGUCAGCAGCCUGGAGGAGGAGAAGAGCAUACUGUCCAACGCCACAGCCGCCUACCGGCUGAAGACAGAGAGCACGCUCAGCGCCCUGGUGGACAGGAUCAGUGAGCUGGAGAAAGGGGGAGGAGACUUCAAGUCCCCAGAGCUCUUUAAGCUGUCCCUUCCCCAGCGGACCAACUACCUGUACGGCCGCAUCACCAAGAGCCUGCCAGAGAUGUACGCUUUCACACUCUGCAUGUGGAUCAAGUCCAGCGCCAGUCCUGGCAUAGGCACGCCUUUCUCUUACGGUGUACCGGAGCAAGCGAAUGAGAUUGUGCUGAUCGAAUGGGGCAAUAACCCAAUAGAGCUGCUCAUCAAUGACAAGGUUGCCCAGUUGCCGUUGGAGGUACGUGAUGGAAGGUGGCACCACAUCUGCAUCUCCUGGACCACACGGGACGGCCAAUGGGACGCUUACCAAGAUGGAGGGAAGCUGGGCACUGGCGACAACCUGGCAGCCUGGCACCCCAUCAAACCCGGGGGGGUCAUCAUCCUUGGACAGGAGCAGGACGUGGUGGGCGGGCGCUUUGAUGCUGGACAGGCCUUCGUGGGUGAGCUGAGUCAGGUGAACAUUUGGGACCGUGUUCUGAAGCCGGUCGAGAUCCAGUCCAUGGCAAACUGCAGCGCUUACAUCCCCGGAAAUGUGAUCUCCUGGCUAGCAACCAACGUUGAGGUUUUUGGGAGGGGAGCGUUCAAGCGGCCCUUGGAGAUGUGUCAGGAGCGACUGCCGAAUGCUUAA